GCCAGUCAGCACUUCUGAUCCCGAUAUAAACCGUCCACCUCCUGUCUUUCACUCUCUUCUGUACGGAGACGCAGUCUGCCCAGCCGUCCAACUACCCCUGCCUCCUCCAUAUCAAAACAAAAUGAGCACCGCGGCCCAGCCCAUAUUCAGCAAAGGAGAGGACUGCAAGACCGACUGGCACGACGCGAGCGCCGGCUACAAUGAGACCGACACGCACCUGGAGAUCAUGGGCAAACCCGUGAUGGAGCGCUGGGAGACCCCGUACAUGCAUUCACUGUCGACAGUUGCGGCCUCCAAAGGAGGUCGCGUUCUGGAGAUCGGCUUCGGCAUGGCCAUCGCCGCCACCAAGAUCGAGUCCUACCCCAUCGAGGAGCACUGGAUCAUCGAGUGCAACGACGGCGUCUUCGCCAGGCUGGAGAACUGGGCCAAGUCUCAGCCCCACAAGGUGGUCCCGCUGAAGGGCCUUUGGGAGAACGUUGUUUCCACCCUGCCUGACAACCACUUUGAUGGUAUCCUUUAUGACACAUACCCUCUGUCAGAGGACACAUGGCACACUCACCAGUUUGACUUCAUCAAGGGUCACGCAAACAGGCUGCUGAAGUCCGGCGGCGUCCUCACGUACUGCAACCUGACCUCCUGGGGAGAGCUGCUCAAGACCAAAUAUGACAACAUUGAGAAGAUGUUUGAGGAGACCCAAGUGCCUCAUCUGCUCCAAGCCGGCUUCAAGAAGGAGAAGAUUAGCACGACCACCAUGGACAUUGCACCACCCACCGAAUGCAAAUACUAUUCCUUCAAUAAGAUGAUCACUCCGACCAUCGUCAAGGACUAAAGUCCAAAAAUGGUGCUACAACUGUUUUUUAGAUUUUUUUUUUUUUUUUACAAUGAUGUGCCUUCUCACAAGUCUCUCCUCACCACCUCUGUUUAUUUCACUGACUUCAAUUCAAUAAAUAAAAGUCAAUCCCAACUUGGA